UCACACUUUUUACAUGUGCUAUUGAAGAAACUUUUUGACAUUAAAAGUGUCAAAACAAAUGCUGAAAAAUUAUUCUUUUCAGAUUACUGUAAUCUCAUACAUGUACUUAUCAUAUUUUGAAAUGACAAGCAGUACUACAACAUCAGAGUUACAGUCAUUGUAUACAGUGCAACGUUUUGAAAAUGUAACUGGGGAUCUUGGUAAACAGAAUGACUUGAUACUUUGCUUUCCUUCAGCAAUCAGUCCAACUAAAAGCCUGAAUAAGGCAGUGAUUUUCUUUGGUGGAGAUGUUCAGAAUUACCCAGAGGUAAUGAGUCAACACAGAACAAAUAACAUAUACAUUCAUUGGAAUCUAGAGGCAACAGCAAGAAUUCUUGCAAAGAGAUUUGUAGACAGUUUAAUAAUAGUUAUAAAACCAAAGGAAAUGUUGUUAAAUACCUUUAGUAUCUACUCAAACUUUGUUGAAUUUGAUCAAGAUGGCAUUCCAAUGUUAUUUACAAAUACAAAUUCAAAUGGAUUAACUCAUGUGUCUAAACUUUACUCCAAAGCCUUAGAAAUAUAUGAAAACAAGCAGGCCUGUGAUUUAGAUAAAAGCAGUCACGUUUUAUGUGAUUCUGUCACUGAGAAGAGUGAUGCAAGACCAGUCAUUGGAUGUCUGGCAGAGUUACCUGUGUCUUUUGUUGGUUUUAGUAAAGGUUGUGUUCCAUUGAAUCAGAUAUUGUUUGAGGUUGCUACAAAACAUUUUUCACCAGAAACAUUGGACUUUGUAUCAAAAAUGAAAUCAGUAUAUUGGCUUGAUGCGGGACACAAUGGACGUCAAGACACAUGGAUCACAAGUGAUUUUGUUUUACAGAAAAUUGCAUCAACCACAAUAGAGUUGUUUGUUCAUAUAACACCAUAUCAAAUUAAGGAUAUAAAUAGGCCAUGGAUUGGAAAAGAACAAAGGAAAUUUAUUCAGAAAUUAAAAGCAUUGAAGGCAGAUGUAACAGAAAUAAGACAUCACUUUGAUGAACCAGGAUCACUUGACCUACAUUUUUCAAUUUUAACUGAAUUUUAAUCAAAAUAUAAAAAAAUCUACCGGUAAUCUUUCAACUAGUAUCUUGACUUGAUGUAAUACAUGUAUCUAUUACUAAUGGAAGUAAUUUUUGUGGUUUAGAGUUUCCUUUCUUUUUCGUUUUUUUUCUUCAUCCUGUUCAUCAGAUUUAAGUAUCUAGCUAAUUUGUUCAUAUUUAGCUCACAUGGCCCAAAGGGCCAAGUGAGCUUUUCUCAUCACUUUGCCUCUGUCGUCCGUCCGUCAUAUGUUAACUUUAACAAAAAUCUUCUUCUCCAGAUUAAAUUUAAUCAGACUUGACCACAAUCAUCAUUGGGGUAUCGUUUAAAAAUUGUGUCAGAUGACCCAGCCUGUCAAUCAAGAUGGCUGAUAUUGCUAAAAAUAAAACAUAGGGGUAAAAUGCAAGUUUUGUCUAUUAUUUUGAAAACUGUUAUAUAUAAAUAGAGAAAAUUUGACAGAGCAGAAAUGUUCAGAAUGUUGAGCUCUAUCCAUUGUACAUUUACUUCAAAACUGUCAAGUGGACUGGGGUUAUUACCCUUAAAAGACAAAUUUUGCCAUUUUUUUUUUUUUCAUUUUGCCUAUUAUCUUAAAAACUAUAAUAAAUAGAGAGAAACUUUAAGUUGAAAAAAAAAAUCAGCAAGACAAGAUCUACUUAUAAGUAUGCAUGAUCGAAAUAAUUAGUCGGCUAUUAGAUUUAUUGCACUUUGAUGAUGAUUUUUACCAUUUUUUUGCGUUUUUAUACGUCCGUUUAAAGGACUUAUUAUGGUUUACUGUUGUUUGUCCUUCCGUCUGUCAGUCCGUCAGUCGUCAUCAUGUCGGACAAUAACUCAUAAAUGCUUAAACCAAUUUUCAUGAAACUUUGGUGAAUUGAUUAUAUCCAUUGAAGUAAGCUCCCUUUUGAUUUUUAUACUUUUAGAUUUUACGUUUCGAAGUUAUGGGAUUUUAUUCACAAAAAAGGGGUGAUUUUCCAGAUUUCGGACAAUAACUCAAAAAUGCUUUGAGCAGUUUUCAUGAUACUUUGGUGACUGAUUUAUAUCUAUUAGAAUAAGCUACCUUUAGUUUUUUUAUAAAUUUCUGAUAUGAUAUUGAGGAAUAAUGGAACUUUAUUCGUUGAAAAAAUGACAGGUGUAUCAUGUGCUCAUGGCGCAGAUCUUUAUUGCCUUAUAUCUUUAAAAUUAGAAUAAAUAGAUAGACCUUGAAUAAGCAAAAAUUAUCAGCAAGACCAGGAAAUUGUCCGACAACUCCUUAUUGGCGUUAAUUCCCUUAAAUGAUGAUUUUUACCAAUUUUUAGGCCAUUUGCGGCCUUAUAUAAUAAAAACUAUAAUAGAUAAAUAGAAACUUUAAAUAACAAAACUGAUCAGCAAGGCAAAAUCUACUAAUACGUCAAAUUUUGUUGAUAUAGUCAGUAGACUGUCACUUUUCAUAGGCGUGAUUGCCCUUAAAUGGGAUUUUUUUCCCUUCUUUUGUGUUUUGAGCAAAAACUAAAGAAGAUAGACAGAAACGAAACAGACAAAAUGAUCAGCAAUAUAAGAUCAGCAAAAAAAGAUAUUUUUGUCAUGAAUUCUAUUCUUGUCUAUAAUGUUGGAGAGUGUCCUUUAUAUAUAUGUUAAAUAUGCACAUAGACCUUGGUGAGCGACACAGACUCUUUAGAGCCUCUAGUUUAUUAUUUUUUAGUAAGAUAACUGUUGUUUCCAUUUUUUCUUUCAAGCAAUAUACAAUGUUACAAGGCAAAAUAUCACUGUAAUGUCUCAUACACAGUCUAUUAUAAAAUUAUAAUAUGUAUGAGAUUUAAUAUAAACUAUCUUCCAAAAACACUA